ACUAUAGCUACACACAAUGUUACACCACCAAAAAGUCCACAGAGUGCGACUUCUACGAGUGCUCCACCACGACUAAGUGACGGGUCUAUUCCUCCAACUUUGGCUGGUAAAAAAUAGAUAAAAGUGGAAAAAUGUCGUCGCCAAAGUUUACUGUUCAUUUUAAUCCAAAUCCAGGAACCAAAAAACAAGCGCGACAUGUGUACUUGACUCCAGCAGCGGUUGCCCGGAUGCGUCUGUGUGUGAUGCAGUUCGUUUGCGUAAAACACGACGGUGGUGAGGCUGUAGGAAUUGUUCAGACUCUGAGUAAUAACAACUAUGGUCCAUUUGAAAUGCUGAUUACGCCGGAAUUUGCUUCUUGGGCCAAUGUGAAGCAGUAUCAGAAAGUCACCAUUGCCCCAUAUACAAAACCAUUAAAAGUUGCUGCUGUUGCAAAAAUUAGUACAGUGGGCCAAUUACCCAGCAGUGUAUCGUCCGAAGCAGCUGUAAAGGAUCUACUACGGGAACUGCGUUAUAUUCAUCCAGGAAUGACAAUUCCUAUGUCGUUCAUUUCUAACAACAACCUGGUAACACCGCCAGCUUCCCCGGCAAAACGAGCAGUAAACAAGAAAACGUCUCACCCUAACAAGACGGAGAGCGGGUCGUCCACUUCGGAAAGUUCUGCUGCUCUCACAAUUGAUGAAGUGCAUGUCGAAUCUCCAGAUACACUUUUGGAAGCUGUGUCUGCACUUUCGCUAGAGGAAGUUCAGAUUUUCAAGUUUGACGCUUUCUCAGAAGUUGAUGUUGAGUUCCCGAGCCCUCCGGCACUUCAAUUUGCGUCUCCCAAACGAAACGGAGCAGCAACACCUGUUGGCACGUCUCAGACGCCACAGCCUGAAGCCAUACGAGUCACAUUUGACAAGAUCGGUGGCUUGCAAAAGCAAAUUGCCAUACUCCGAGAUGCCGUUGAGCUUCCCUUGCUGCAUCCGGAGCUUUUCGAGCAUUUUCACAUUACCCCUCCUCGUGGUAUAUUACUGUAUGGGCCACCUGGUACAGGAAAAACAAUGAUCCUGAGGGCUGUUGCGGCGGAAACGAGUGCACAAGUGUUCACUGUUGACGGCCCAUCGAUCGUUGGUAAAUAUUUAGGUGAGACAGAGUCUCGUCUUCGUAAAAUCUUCGAGGAUGCUCGAGCCAAUCAGCCGUCCAUUAUUUUUGUGGAUGAGAUUGAUGCCCUUGUACCUAAGCGUACUGGCGAUGUUAGCGAAGCUGAGAGCAGAACAGUAGCAACUUUCCUCACUUUACUUGAUGGCAUGGCAAACGCUGGACGAGUGGCCGUGGUUGCCGCUACCAAUCGGCCAAAUUCUAUUGAUGAAGCUCUUCGUCGCCCUGGUCGUUUGGAGAAAGAAAUUGAAAUUGGUAUUCCCGAUAAAGAGGCACGUUUGGAUAUUCUUAAGCUUCUCUUCCACGAAGUGCCCAACAGUUUGUCGGAUGGAGACAUCGAGGACCUUGCCGCACGUUCCCAUGCGUACGUUGGAGCUGACUUGGCUGCUGUUGUUCGUGAAGCAGCACUUCGAGCUAUUAAACGUGUCAUUGCUUGCAAACAGUCAAAGGUUUCCGAGGAGAAGAUGGAUAAGAGCGUUGACACGGAUUCUGCUGUUGUUGAAGACAACAACUCUGCGAUACCUGCUGUAACCGAUGAAAAGGUAAACAUGGAUGAUGUUGAAUUUGCUCUUUCCUCUGUCCGGCAAAGUGCCAUGCGUGAAUUCAUCAUGGAGUCACCUAACGUUACUUGGUCUCAGAUCGGAGGACAAGAAGAAGUGAAGCAAAAACUAAAAGAGGCAAUCGAAUGGCCAUUGACACACCCUGAAACUUUUGUCAAGCUUGGUGUGACACCGCCGAAAGGUAUUCUAUUGUACGGCCCCCCAGGCUGUUCCAAGACGCUCACGGCAAAGGCUAUUGCAACAGAAACUGGAUUUAAUUUCAUCGCAGUGAAAGGUCCAGAGUUGCUUCAAAAAUACGUCGGUGAAAGCGAGCGUGCUGUCCGACAAAUUUUCCAUAAAGCAAGACAAGCAAGCCCUUCGGUGAUUUUCUUUGACGAGAUUGAUGCUCUGACAACUGAACGAGGUGGUCAUGACAACAGUAAUGACCGGGUGGUUGCCGCUCUUCUUAAUGAGAUGGACGGUAUCGAAUCUCUGAAAAAUGUUUUGGUUUUGGCAGCUACCAACAGACCAGAUGUGAUUGACCCAGCACUCAUGCGUCCUGGUCGUUUGGAUCGUCUGCUGUAUGUUGGUCCUCCCGAUGCUGAAGCACGUCUCGCUAUCCUCCGGAUCCAAGCCAAACGGAUGACUUUUGCUUCUGAUGUUCGCUUAGAAGAGUUGGCUCAGUUGACCGAUGGUUGUUCUGGUGCUGAAGUUGUAGCCAUGUGUCAAGACGCUGGCUUAAUUGCUAUGCAUGAGAACGUCGAAGCGCAACAAGUUUCACAGGCACAUUUCGAAGCCGCUCUGAAAAACCUGCGCCGUGGCAUUACAAGUGAAAUGAUCGAAUUUUACGAGUCCUUCAAAAAUCAAACAACUGCUUAAUGCAUGCAGAUUUCUGAAGCUUCUCUCACUUACAUUUUUGACUUUUUUUUUUGGUUUGGCUAUGGAUUGUCAACGGCUUCCUCUCAUCUUUACUAUUUAAUGCAACAACUCCUGUUCAAUACUUGAAACAACAGAACAAACUCAUAGACACAAAGUAUACCACAAUAAUCCCCUUCCUGAAUAUAUACUUCUUUCCAUUUAUCGUUUCAGAAUCCAUUCAUUAGGUAAACGAUUACACUACGAGUAAAUAAAGGCGAGCAAGUCGGCCAAGUCGUUUU